GGCGCAGAGGGACCAGGAUAAGAAAAUAUUGAAUAUGAAUACCACUAUACUAGACGAACCCACGAGACGAAAGCAAUUCCUAAUGUUCUUCACAUCAAUGGCCAAAAAAAUGGGCUUUCCCGCCGAAAUGACAGAAGAGCAAAGACAAAUGGCUGCUAAUGGGGCCAGAGAAAUGCUGAGUAGUCGUGCCAAUGCCUUCAAAGCCGGAAGACCUGUUAGCGACUACUUCCUGUGAUUGGACGGUUUCGCCGAACUUCCUGGUGAACGCUAGAAUUACACUAGAGAUCCCUUAAUAUAUUGCAGAGUCGCUCUAGGCUGAAUCGGGUACUUCUGCUUUGAGACUAUAUGAGAAAACGAAACAGUCUAUCUUCACCAGAAGCGUGUACAAUAAUCAUAUGUGGACGAUGAGUUGCUUGCCUUCAACGAAGCGGAAACACUGCAGAGCCGACGCGCUGAACGUGUCGGGCAGUGCAGCGACCGCACCGAAAUGCUCCACUACUCGUGCUCGUGGUCGGGGCCGAGUUUGCCGAGCGGCGUGACGGGUUUUGAGACUGUAUCGGCGUCAGUGUCGGUGUCAAGUUUGGUGUUGGGUGUACGAACAGGUGUCUCGCUUGGGCAUGAGCGGGUCCAACCUUGCCUUUCUCGAGUGACAUUUAGAAAUAUCUGUUGUCAGGGAUGAACAUGGCCACUUGAUAUUGAGACCAGUACAUUACAUACGUAUGCGUUUGUUGUUAUCGCGGCGAUGUAGUUCAAUCUGCACUACAGACUCUCCAUUCACAUCAAUAAAUCGGGUCGAACCCCCAAAUCCGUUUGAUAUGCAUUAUGGCAUAAGCGGAGCC